GCUAUACGAAGAACGAAUAUUAACAAGCUAAAUUGUAUUAAAUAAUGUAAGGGGAUUAUUUUCAAACACUAUUUCAUCCCACGCAUUUAUCUAUUGACCAUAUGGACAAGCUCAUGCAUGAUGAACCCAGCGAUCUGUAAAUUUUAUAGAUCGGAAUCGAUUUCUAGAUAUCAAUUCAUUGCAUUUCAAUACUUUCUUAUGUGUUAUUGGACCACCUAGUUGCGCUAAUGACUAGGAAAUGCGAAAGGCUAGUAGAUUUGAAUGUAAAUAGUGUUGAAUCCAUCUUAUGCUUAAGGGCAAUGGGGGGAGUCACUCUGCCCUUCUAUUAAGACCGAUUUUAAUGCUAUUCCAAAUUUAUGAAUUGACUAUGAAUUCAACGCGUUUAUUUCCCUAUUUCAAAAAAGAAAUACAACAUUCCCAAAAUCCUCUUAUGACUUAAGCUUAAAUAAAUAGUUAAAUGUAAAUGUGCUGCACUUUAGGAGCGAUUACUGCAUAUCCUGAUUAUCGUCCUUUAAAGGGUGUUUGGAGUGCCAUUAUCAAAAGAGCCCACACAUCAGAUUGGUAGUGACAAAAUUUUGUCCCUUGAGGGCUCUUUCCUUAAUGACAAAAAAGUGUAAUUCUACGAUUUGUGGCUGUGUUAUUAGUGAGAAAAUACAAGGGUGGGCCAAAACACCUUGUGAUUUUCGAUUGAAGAACACUAUGAUUUCUAAUAGCAGUUUUUCCUCCAAGCAAUACUGCUUUGUAUUCCAUAUUUUGCAUGUGCAUAGCGCCACUUUAUUAUCGAGAAUGCUGUAGUACCAAUAGAUUCGGUUUAACUCAAUAUAA